AUGGAGGGCGGGGUUUUACAGCAUCAUCGUUUCAGUGCAUUGUACCGCUGCUGAUGUUGGGGAUCGGAAAAAAGACAAGCCAUGGAUACGGAUCCGAGGUAUUUAGGCCCUAUAGCAUCGCGGAGAUUAAUUACACGGUCCUCUGAAUGCUAGGAUAAUGGGGAAGAGGAAGCACUGGAAUCCUUGGAGGUCCUUAGUUCAUUUCUUUGAGGUGGUGGACAUUUCCGAAUGAAAGUAUUUGAUCCGUAGUAUUCGAUCCAAUGGCGAAGAAAGGACGUUCAAAGGGCGAGAAACCCGAAGUGGUGAUAUCCGCCCUACAAGCAGCCAAUGAAGAUCUCAGGUCCAAACUGACUGACAUUCAAAUAGAACUGCAUCAGGAGAAAUGCAAGGUGAGCAAGCUGGAGCGCGAGAAGGUCCAGGAGACCAAGCGGGUCCGGGAGCAGGAGCAGCACCGGCACACGGCCACACUGACGGACCUGCGGGCCAAGUGGCACGAGGAGAAGCAGAAGGAGCUCCAGGCGCUGAGGGAGGCUCUGGUGCGCCAGCACGAGCAGGAGCUGGCCCGGAACGCCAAGAUCAAGGACGGGGAGAACCAGAAGCUGAAGGCGGCGCUCAGCGCCCUGCGGGACGGCAGCGGGGAGAAGGUCCGCACCGCCCUCACGCUGGAGGCCAGGGAGGAGGCACGCCGCUUCUUCGACUCGGAGCGCGUCAAGCUGGUGCAGGAGAUCAACGAGCUCAAGUCCACCAAGAAGCAGACGGACGAGGCGCUCAGCAACAUGAUCCAGGCCGACAAGAUGAAGGCCGGAGACCUGCGCACUGAGCACCAGAUCCACCAGGAGCAGAUCUCCAAGAUCAAGUGGGACUGCGAGCGCGACAUCCGCCGACUGGUGGACGAGAUCAAGGCGAAGGACCGCACCAUCUUCUCCCUGGAGAGGGAGCUGGAGACGGCGGCGGGCUUCCUGCAGAAGCUGCAGCUGCAGAAGGACGCUCUGGACGAGCAGCUCUUCCUGGUGAAGGAGGCCGAGUGCAACCUGGGCAGCCCCAAGAGGGAGAUCCCCGGCAGGGCAGGGGACGGAGCGGAGCACUGCGGCAGCCCGGACAUGCGCCGGAACCAGAGACGCAUCGGGGAACUGAACUCGACCAUCCGCAAGCUGGAGGACCGCAACUCACUGCUGGUGGAUGAGAGGAACGAGCUGCUGAAGCGCGUGCGGGAGUCUGAGAAACAGUACAAGCCCCUGCUGGAGAAGAACAAGCUCCUGAGCCGACGGAACGAUGAACUCACCCAGUCCCUGCAGCGGCAGGAGGAGAAGCUGAAGGUCCUCACCAGGGAGAACCUGGAGAUGAAAGAGAAGAUCAGCUCUCACCCUCCCCUGAAGAAGCUGAGGUCUCUGAACGACCUGGACCAAGCCCACGACGAGCAGGAGAUCGAGUUCCUGAAGCUGCAGGUCCUGGAGCAGCAGAACAUGAUCGACGAGCUGACAAGAGAUAGAGAAAAACUUCUACGCAGGAAGAGACAUAAACGAAGUUCGAGGCCCAUUAAGCGGCACAUCGUGGUGGACACGUUCUUCGGGUACGACGAGGAGUCCAUGGACUCAGAGUCCUCCUCGGUGGCGUCCUUCCGGAUGGACCGCACCCCGGCGACUCCGGACGAGGACCUGGACGAGGGGCUGGCAGCGGAGGAGUCAGAGCUGCGUUUUCGGCAGCUGACCAGAGAGUACCAGGCCCUGCAGCGAGCCUACGCCCUCCUCCAGGAGCAGAAGGGGGGUAUCCUGGAUGCGGAGAUGGAGGCAAAGGCCCAAGAGCAGAUCCAGGCAGACAUUCUCAGGUACAAGGCCAAAAUCGAGGACCUGGAGAAGGAGCUUACACUGAAAGGACAGGACUCUAAGUGGGUGGAGGAGAAACAGCUGUUCAUUCGACGAAACCAGGAACUUCUAGAGAAGAUUGAAAAGCUGGAAGCGGAUCUUAGCCGCCUACAGCAGGAGUUACAGGACUCCAAAGACCAGAGUGAACUGCUCGAGUUCAGAAUCCUGGAAUUAGAGGAGCGAGAGCGAAGAUCACCCCCGUUUAACCUCCAGAUUCACCCGUUCUCAGAAGGGGUCAGCGCCCUCCAAAUUUACUGCAUGAAGGAGGGAGUGAAGGACGUGUGCAUACCCGACCUCAUCAAACUGCUAGACAUCCUCGGAGACAAUGGGAACUUACGAAAUGAAGAGCAAGUGGCCAUCAUACAAGCCAGCACUGUUCUCUCACUGGCAGAAAAGUGGAUCCAGCAGAUCGAGGGCACGGAGGCGGCACUGCAUCAAAAGAUGAUGGACCUGGAGCUGGAGAUGGAAAUGUUCUGCAAGCAGAAAGGCUAUCUGGAAGAGGAACUGGACUACAGAAAGCAGGCCCUGGACCAAGCCUAUAUGCAAAUCCAGGAGCUGGAGGCGACGCUGUACAACUCGAUGCAGCAGGAGACAGUCAUCAAGUACGGAGAGCCGCUGAGCGACAAGCAGAAGGACGAGCUGCGCAUGGCCGUGGAGAAGCUGCGCAGACAGAUGCUGCGCAAGAGCCGCGAGUACGACUGCCAGGUGCUGCAGGAGAGGAUGGAGCUGCUCCACCAGGCCCACCAGCGUAUCCGGGAUCUGGAGGACAAAACGGACAUUCAAAAGAGACAAAUCAAAGACCUGGAGGAGAAGUUUUUGUUUCUGUUCUUGUUCUUCUCACUUGCUUUUAUUCUUUGGCCUUGAAGCCCAUGGCAUCUGCUGCAGAGGCAGCGUGGCCGCGGUGGGGGCCUGGUACUCCACUGCAGACUCUUCCCGUCUUGUGAUGAAGCCAGCCUGGUUUGCAGCUCUCGUGUGUUUGUAGCAGCAGGGUCGCUCUUGACUGGAUUUGUAGUGAAAGUGGACGGGCGGUGGGAGGUUUGACUCGUUUCCAGGGAGACCCCCUCUGUUCUGCCGUACGCUGCACCGGCCGUACCACGAGAACCCUUUUUCAUUCGGUGGAACCCUUCAGCCAGACCCAUCUCAGACAUGAAGAAACCAAAGCUGGGAAAACCUUAUCUCUGCCAUGCAGGGGAGCACCACCUGGACAUGCAUCUCCACACAGGAAUACCGGAAUACAGGAAAACGGGAAGGAUAAAACCGGGAAGGGAAAUGCCUCUCGCCUCCACUUUUAACUCAUCGCCUGACUGUAGAUGUCCUUUAUACUGUAUACCUCUAUUUGUCUCUCUGUCUUUCUUGGAUUCUCUUUUUCUCUCUUGUUUUCUCAUUCUCUCUCUAACACACACACUCACACGCACACAUGCUCACGUACACAUUCAGAGCACACACACGUACACAGACACACAUACACACGCACA